AGGUGUCCGAGUGAGAGUUUCAAGCUAUCGGGCUCGAGGUUCGGUUCGUGGUUUCAAUCAAUUUUCAUUGCUGCUUCGAGUUUGAUUCCAGGUGCGACUUAUUAACUUCUCUGUAAUUGCCGGAACUUUGAUUAAUCAAGAGCUAAUUUCAGGUAUGGAUCCACUCACCAAUGAUAGAGUAUCAAUGGUGGUCAAAGUCCCAAGAAGGCUAGUAAAAUGGUGGAACAUGUUCACAUUACUGGAGCAACAUGAUUUGAUGGGUAAAUUAGGGGCUUUUAUUUCUUUGAUGGACAUCACUCUCCGUCCCGACCUUGUAGAAGCAAUGUUGAAAUUUUGGGACCCACAGGGAAUGUUAUUCAAGUUUGGGAAUCUUGAGAUGAUACCCACCUUAGCUGAGAUAGCCGGGUUAACUCGUCUGCCAUAUCUAGACAAGGAUUUGAUUUACACAAGGGCUCAUUCAAGCACCAAGUUCCUUAGAUCACAGGGAUGGAUUUUGAAACUAACAUGGGAUGUCUAGAUCAAUCUUGGGUACCUUUGGACUUUUUAUUUGAGAGGUUAGCUCGUCCUACGGGGUAUGAGACCUUCGUAGAUGAGUUUUCCAUAUCAUAUGAUUCUUCGAAGAAGAGGCGUCCGAUGGUCUUCGCUAUUGCAUUGUUAGGUCUCCUGGUAUUUCCUUUGAAGGGUAGACAUAUUAGCACGCGUCUGGGGUCAAUAGCCUUUGCACUCUUCCAUGAUAAACAUAGUAGUAAGGUCACCGUGGUUCCGACAAUUUUGGCAGAGAUCUAUCGUGCUUUGACCAGGAUUCGAGAAGGUGAGAGGUUCUUUGAGGGAAGCAACUUAUUGCUACAGCUGCGGAUGAUGGAACACUUACAUCCCGCCACCAUGUUUGAAAAAGAUGUGAUUGACUGUUGUCUGAGAGAUCAAGUGAAGUGCAUCGAGCAUAGGAUGACGUUCGAUAAGUUUGCCUUACCACUCGGAGUUCAGGAUUGGGUUGAUUAUUUAGGAUCCUUGACUGAAGAGAAGAUUUUGUGGUCAUACCUAUGGAUUGAUUUGGACGUGAUCUUAGCAGGAUCUCGCGUGAAAGACUUCUUGGUACUGAUUGGACUUUGGUGUACUAGACCAUAUACCCCUGCUAGAGUGAUGCGUCAGUUAGGGAGGCGGCAAGAAGUCCCCUACAUUCCUGAUUCUCGUGACUUCAUUAGGGAAUUUGACACUAUGCCGCAUAGGAAGGUCGACAUCCAGACCUAUUGGCGUCAUGCAAUGAAGAUGGGUAGGGAUACUUUAGCUGCUGACCCAUAUUCACCUGGGUAUACCCAUAAGUACUUCAUAUGGCUACAGUCUACUCAGCGAGGGGGGUGGGGAGUAGCAGGCCAUUGCCACGACGUGUUAGAGGAGUAUUUGACGAGGAGGCCACCUCACGGAUAUUGCUUAGAUAGUUGAUGGAUCGAUUUACCCAGGAAGAGGAGGCCCAUGCAGCAGAAAGGGUUGGGGUUCGAGCUACACUUCAGUUACUGAGAUCACAGUUGGCAGGGUUAGUAGAGAACAUGGGACAACAUCGUGAGUACCUUACUAGAGUCAGCCUUCCAGAUGCAGGCGCGCAUUCCAGGAUUCUCAUUCCUAGCUUCGAGGUGUCCUUGCAGGGUAUAAUAUAGAGCUUAGAUUUGACAGGAUUGACGGGGCCAUCCGGAUCUUCAUCGGACCCGUCCCAGCCAGGACCGUCGCAUUCAGGAGCAGUUUGAGGAGUCAUUCUAUUUAGAUGUUUUGAGAUUGUCUUAUGUUGUCCUUUACUUUCGUGUCUUGUCUAGGAGUAAUGAGUCCUUUAGGUAGUGUCAGAGUCUGUCAUAGUGUAGUCGAGUCUGUCAUGUUUCUCAUUAUCGUACUUCCCAUUGUAUUUUAAUAUCGAAACGUUUUUAAAUGAAAAAUCCCAAAAAACGAUAAGAGGUCUUGGAAAAGAGAAGAGAAGGAAGAUCGAAAUGAGCAAAUUGGGAUGAUGCCAUAUGACCCUGCGACCCUCAAAGCCAUUUUAGAACUGUUAAUUAUUGCUAGGUGCAUUGCACGUAAUGUGAUAUUAUCAUAUGAUA